AUGGUUCUGGACAUCAACAGCAGCUGCAGCCUCGGUCGGUCGUGUCGCCCGCUGGGGCACACGCUGCAGGAUCUCAGCCCUCCCGGGAUGGUACCGGGCUCCUCGGGUCCUCAACUGCUGAGAAUCCUUCAGCACUCCACCCCCAGCGCUCGGGCGACUCCGCUCACCUCGUCGCAGUCCAACGACACCGACUGCGGGGAGCAAAUGCUCUCCUACGGCCACGCCGAGAAGGUGCUGAUCGGCGCUGUCCUGACUCUGAUCACUCUGCUGACCAUCGCCGGCAACUGCCUGGUGCUGAUCUCCGUGUGUUUCGUCAAGAAGCUGCGGCAGCCCUCCAACUACCUGAUCGUGUCUCUGGCUCUGGCGGACCUGUCGGUGGCGGUGGCUGUGAUGCCCUUCGUCAUCGUGACCGACCUCAUCGGUGGGGAGUGGGUCUUCGGACGAGUCUUUUGCAACGUCUUCAUCGCCAUGGACGUGAUGUGCUGCACCGCCUCGAUCAUGACCCUGUGCGUUAUCAGCAUAGACAGGUAUCUGGGAAUAACAAGACCUUUGACCUAUCCAGUCAGACAGAAUGGAAAAGGCAUGGCUAAAAUGAUCCUGUGCGUCUGGCUUUUGUCGGCAUCUAUAACCCUACCGCCCCUGUUUGGCUGGGCCAAGAAUGUCAAUGAUGGGAAGGUCUGCCUGAUCAGCCAAGAUUUUGGCUACACCAUAUAUUCUACCGCAGCGGCGUUUUACAUCCCAAUGUCAGUCAUGCUUCUCAUGUACCAUCAGAUUUUCAAAGCUGCUAAGAAGAGCGCUGCCAAACACACAUUUGCCGGGUUCCCAAGGCCAGACCCUGUGGAUGAACCUACUGCCAGAGGCCUCAAACCACACAAAGAGUCGGAAGAGUGUGUCAACUUUUCGCAACUCUUGAAACACGACAGGAAAAACAUGUCGAUCUUUAAAAGGGAACAGAAAGCGGCAACCACCCUUGGCAUUGUAGUGGGGGCGUUUGCUGUGUGCUGGUUACCAUUUUUUAUACUCUCCACUGCCAGGCCUUUCAUCUGUGGUGUUAAGUGCAGUUGCAUCCCCCUUUGGCUGGAAAGAACGCUCUUGUGGUUCGGUUACACAAAUUCUCUGAUCAACCCCUUCAUCUACGCUUUCUUCAACAGAGAUUUGCGGACAACCUAUCGCAACCUGUUAAGAUGCAGGUACAGGAAUAUCAACCGCAAACUCUCUGCUGCAGGGAUGCACGAGGCUCUGAAACUUGCAGAGAGGCCAGAGUUGGUAUUGUAAAUGCAACAAGUCAUUGACACAGGAUUACCUCAAGACAUAAGGCUUCUCCUUCAGCUCAAAACAUUGUUGUGAUGUAGAUUGAUAUCUUACGAAGAGAACAUAGAAUGUGUUUCAAACAA